CGGAAGUGGCGAUCAGCUGAUCGGCACCGGCGGCGACCGCGCUGACUCGCGCAUCCGGUGCCGCCGCCGAAGCCGUUCGCUCUGCCGUGGUGGCGACGUCGUCGUCUUAUUCUUAUCCUCCUCCUCCUCGUUGCUGUUGUUGUUGUUGUUUGCUUGGAGGGAAGAGGCUCGUGAAGGACGCCGCUCCUGCCGGGGCGGUUGGAAGGCAGUUGCCUCUCCCAGCAACAGCAGCAUCAACAACAACAACAACAGCAGCAUAAUCAACAACAACAACAGCAGUAACAACAACAGCAGCAGAAGCAGCAUCAACAACAGCAGCAUCAACAACAGUAGCAGCAGCAUCAUCAACAACAGCAGCAUCAUCAUCAUCAUAAACAGGAGCAACAACAGCAGCAGCGGCGGAGUGGCGGAGGAGCGACGCUCACAACAGCGGGCGGAUAAAACGAAUAAAUCGCACGCCGCCAUGAAGUCCCUGGUGGCGUUCGACUUCGACCACACGCUCAUCGACGACAACAGCGACAUGUGGGUGCUGCGCUGCGCCCCCGGGGGAGUGCUGCCCGAGCGCUUGGGUUACCGUGGCGACGACGACGGCGGCGGCGGCGGCGGCGGCACCUGGACGGAUCACAUGAACCGGGUCCUGCGCUACCUGGGCGAGGAGGUGGGCGUGAGUGCCGCCGAGAUGCGGGCCACCAUUGAGGCCGUGCCGGACACGCCGGGCAUGCCGCAGCUCCUGCGCUUCCUGGCCGACCACCCCGAGCAGUUUGAGUGCGUCAUCGUCUCGGACGCCAACUCGGCCUUCAUCGGCUGGGUGCUGGAGUCCCGCGGGUACCGCCCCCUCUUCCGCGAGCUGCUCACCAACCCGGCGAGCGUCGACGCCGGCGGCUCGCUGGCGCUGCUGCCGUUCCACGGCGGCGGGCGCCAGCACGGCUGCUCCCGCUGCCCCGCCAACAUGUGCAAGCGGGCGGCGCUGCGGUCGUUUGUCGAGCGGCACGGCGGGUACGGGCGCGUGAUCUACGUAGGCGACGGCGGCAACGACGUCUGCCCCGUGCUGGCGCUGCUCCCGGGCGACGUGGUGCUGCCGCGCCGCGGGUUCCAGCUCGAGAGGGCGCUGGCGGCGCUGGAGCACGCCCAGCCCGGCGCGGUGAAGGCCACCGUGGUGCCGUGGGAGUCGGGGGAUGAAAUUCUCGAGCACGUUCGGGCGCUCGCGCGGGGCGCCGCCUUGUAGCGGCGGCGGCGGCUGCGGUGGCGGGGGAGAGGAGUGAUGGAGUGGAGCGGCGGAUCGUGGUGGUGCUGGUCGUUUGUAGCGGCGGUGACGAUGGUGGCGACGGUGGUGGAGCGGAGUGACGGUAGCGGUGGCAGCGGCGGCGAUACCGCGAUCGUGCGUUGGGGGUGUGAACCGUCUUGCCGAACAACCGAAUGGUCGAACGGACGAAUGAAGGAGAGGACAAUCGUACCUGCUAGCGCGUGCAUUCUGUUUAGUUUAAUGCGCCUAAGAAAAGUGAUCCCGCUGUGUUGGGGACGAUGUUAAACCAGUGGUCUUGCUGUGUUGGGGACGAUGUUAAACCCGUGGUCUUGCUGUGUUGGGGACGAUGUUAAACCAGUGGUCUUGCUGUGUUGGGGACGAUGUUAAACCAGUGGUCUUGCUGUGUUGGGGACGAUGUUAAACCAAUGGUCUCGCUGUGUUGGGGACGAUGUUAAACCAAUGGUCUUGCUGUGUUGGGGACGGUGAGGGGACGAUGUUAAACCAGUGGUCUUGCUGUGUUGGGGACGAUGUUAAACCAGUGGUCUUGCUGUGUUGGGGACGGUGAGGGGACGAUGUUAAACCAGUGGUCUUGCUGUGUUGGGGACGAUGUUAAACCAGUGGUCUUGAUGUGUUGGGGACGAUGUUAAACCAGUGGUCUUGCUGUGUUGGGGACGUUGAGGGGACGAUGUUAAACCCGUGGUCUUGCUGUGUUGGGGACAUUGAGGGGACGAUGUUAAACCAGUGGUCUUGCUGUGUUGGGGACGUUGAGGGGACGAUGUUAAACCAGUGGUCUUGCUAUGUUGGGGACGGUGAGGGGACGAUGUUAAACCAGUAGUGCCGGGGGUGUUGGGGAUGACAGUGACGCGUAUCGAUCCUCAGGUUUCGGAAGCAAUGGUCGCGAUUAAACCUGUAGGAUCGUU